AUGGACGGAGAAGAGUGCGCGGAAUGUGGCUCGACGGAUUUUCACGAUGAAGACGGGAGAAUCUUCUGUGCGCGUGGACACGACCAGGGCCGGGGUCUUGCAACUGCCGCGGACGACGCAGAUUUUGGGCACCAGGGCACCGUGGUGAGGAGGAAAGAGGUCAAACGGAAGCAAAAGAUAUCCAAAGUACUUCGUGGGGCCAAGGCAUACCAACUCUUUCUUCAAUCAUGGCAAUUUAUCCUAUGGAAGCAAUGCUACGCCCUCGUCCAUCAAAAAGGAUUACCGGCGGAAUUAUGGCCGAUUGUCCGGGACUUGUGGACACUUUGGCUCUCGAAGCUAGAACAUCGGCUCGGCGACAGCCUCGCAGAUGCAAAGGACAAAGCGGACACGACCGCAAGCUCUGGUAAUGAGACGGACACCGAUCUCGCUGCCGAUGAGAAGGAUGAGCCGCUCAGGAGGAGUAAGUCAGCACACAGCUAUCCUACACUCGUUGAUACGAUAGCCUUGAAUUAUCUGGGAAUCGUCAUGCUAAGAAGGCCAAUUGGACUGGCUAAAAUCCUGAAAUGGAUAGUUGAAGAAGACGUUCCGUUCAUCCGCGCAAUCAGAUAUGUCCCGCAGGACAUGAAAGACCGCCUGCCGGGAGAGUAUCACCAGGCAUUGGAUACAAUGCACCUGUUGGGACCUGAUGACCUUCAGAAAGCUGUCUAUCAUCGCGCGAGAUGGUACGAUGCCUCCUUCGACAUGAUAAUGCCACCGAUCAACCGGAAUAUCUUCCUUUUCAGCUACAUCCGUCGACUCGCUCUGCCACUCGAGGUCUACAGCGCCGCUCUCCGGCUAAACAUCAUCACAAAGUAUGGUUUCUGCUAUGAUGACCCUACAAAGUCAUCGCAGACAACAAGGCGUCAGCCAACAACGUAUCCGGAGAGCCAACUCAUCGCUCUCGUCGUUGUUGCCACCAAGUUUCUCUUCCCGUUCGACUCGGAGACCGAGAAGCGCUAUCCACAAGAUCCUAAUGAUCCAACCACGCUGCAUGUGGAUUGGCCGGCCUGGCUGGAAGCCAAAGCGAACUUUGACAAGCAGACCGCGGCUGGCGACGAUCACAACGCCCUCAAACCAGGCUCAGAAAUCCACGUUACCGACAACGACGUUCUCGACAUGACGGACCAACAACUAGACCAAUACAUGGACUGGUACCAACGGACGUGGAUCAAAGGGAAACAUGCCUCGCCUUCAGAUCAAGCAAAAGAACAAGGCAUCGAGAAGGAUAUCCUCGACAUGUUCCCCCUUCACGACGUCCCUGAGCGGGUAAAGACACUGGCAGAGAACAGGAAGGCCGACAAGGAAGAGGAUUCCCGGAUCCGUGCGCGAAUUGUCAAGGUCCAAUCCUCUCUGAAGUCACGACGAGCCAUUUCUCUCGAAGAAGAGAGUGAGCGCGGCCUGGACAUUCUCCGCCCUGGGUCUCGAUACCGGCGAUACCCCAAGGUCGAGGACCUAGACAGGGCGCCAGAUGGUGGUGGCGUGGUGAAGGCGUUCCACGAAGAAGCGGCCGAGACGGCUUGUUUGAGCGUCAAGGCUCUCUUGCUCGCCGUGAACCGCACCGAGGAGAAAAUAGAACAGUGGCUUGUGGAUAGGAAACGGGAAGAGGUGUUUGGCGAGGGAAUGGAGCAGGGUGAGGGUGAAGGUGAAGUUGGUGGCGGCAACGGAGCACCUCUAGAUGCUGACGAAGACAUGGACUUCGCCCCGGAGACGAGUCCUCCUGGGAAGCUGGCGAGAGAGAUGGAGGGCUUGGAAAUUGGGCAGUCACCCGAUGUGGAAGAGGCCCUCGAAGGAGUAGUUGACACGGAGAUGUCCCUAUACUCGUGA